AUGCUUGAGCUCGACUCAGCUCGGUAUGAUCGCUACAAGGACGGAGCGCGCCGACGGGUACAAACUGCCGCAACUACGGAUACACCUCAAGGACCUCAACGGCCCACGGACCAACGACUGCUCGACAGGAAAUUUGAUGGGACAGUCAAUAGGCCUCCGGUGUUUUCGGGCAACCCUGCGGACUUCAGGGAGUGGGUCUUCGCUAUCGAGCUCGCCAUGGUGUCACAGCGCAUCAACGACGACCAGGAGCAGGUGCGAUUCGCUGCCAGCUACCUACAAGGCAACGCCAGGCUUUGGCUGAUGUCGGUAUUGGAUUCCGGCGCCUGCAUCCACGACUGGCCGACGCUAAAACAGUCACUCGGCGACGUGUAUGGCCCAGUUCAUGAACAGGAGGAAGCGCGCCUCAAGCUGUUUGGACUGGUACAGCGCGGCAGCCUGGACGCAUACGUACAGGAAUUCACUAACCUCUGCCUUCAGGUGAACGACCUGAAUGACCAUUCGAAGGCGGUGCUGUUCGUGAGGGGCCUGCAUGCAGCAAUCGGUCACUCGGCUCUUCGGGAGCACCCGACAACACUAGGCCAGGCCAUUCGUGCCGCACGCAUGGCAGCCAUGCAGGCAUUAGGAGAAGCCUGGACAUAUUGCCAGAAACUGUCCAGUCAUCGUGAAUUCCCCAAACGCUUCCAGCCAGUGAAGAAGGGAGUGCGCUCACUGGCGGUGGAUACUCAGGCACCCACACCACUCAUUGUGUUCAAUAGGUUCGAGGGCCUGAGUGUCGAGGAAGGAGACAGCGCAAGCGAUCCUGCAGUGGAGAGUUCUGACGCUACGCCUAAGGCGCACAUCAGCAGCGUGGCGAUGGGCGCAGAGCACGAUCUGCUAUGUGUCACUGGGAAGGUGAAUGGGAGGAAGGCUACCAUGCUAAUAGACCCUGGCUCUCCCCACGAUUUUUUGUCGUCGGAGUUCGUCAGGAGACAUAACCUGAAGACUGACACGGCGACCAAGGAGCUGAAGGUCACAUUAGCAGAUGGCUCGUCUCGUACACAGCCUUUGGAAACUGCCGGGCCAGUAAAAGUGGUGGUAGCUGACUUCAGCGAAACCCAGAUCUUCACCGUGCUGCCACUGGCGCGCUACGACGCCAUCUUGGGAAUGCCGUGGCUGUCUCGCCACAACCCAACGAUCGACUUCCGGAGUAAAAAGGUGCAGAUCCAGGAGGACACCUUCGUGGCUCGAGGCCACGAAGCUGGCGAGGACGCCGAGUUCGCAGAAUCCCACUUCAUCUCUGCAGCACAAGCGAAUGCCGCUAUUCGUUCAGGGGACGAAGCGUAUAUAGCCUGGGUCUCUAUGGAGGAUGAUGCGCCGGGCCAAGAUCCACCACCUAUCCGUGACAAGGAAGGAACUCACUUCGGAAGUGAGCUGAACGCUCUGCUACGUGAGUUCGACGACCUAUUUCCGGACGAGCUCCCUGACCAACUACCGCCAGAGCGAACGGUCGACCCUGAAAUAAAGGUGGCGGAAGGGACAGCGCCACCAUCACGACCGGCAUACCGCCUUCCGAAGCCGGAGCUAGACGAGCUCCAGAAGCAGAUUGAGGAGCUGCUCCGGAGAGGCUUCUUAGAGCCGAGUAAGUCGCCCUAUGGGGCUCCUGUGUUCUUUGUGAAGAAAUCAGAUGGAUCUCUUCGCAUGGUGUGUGACUGGAGGGAACUUAAUAGAAUAACAAUUAAGAAUAAGGCCUGCCUCCCUAACAUUGAGGACCUAUUCGACACAGUGCAGGGCAGUGCAUAUUUCUCGAAACUUGAUCUUCGCGCAGGAUACAACCAAAUCAGGAUACAACAGGAGGAUGUGCCGAAAACGGCAAUUAACACCCCGUUUGGCCACUACCAGUUCAGGGUCAUGGGGUUUGGUCUGACUAAUGCCCCGGCAACCUUCCAAUCACUGAUGAACUCCAUUCUGCAGCCGUACUUGCGCCAAUUCGUGGUAGUGUUCCUGGAUGACAUUCUGAUUUUUAGCAAAACCCUUGAAGAGCACGUUGAGCACAUUCGAACCGUUCUGACUACCCUCCGCGCUAACCAACUAUUCUGA